AUGUCCUUUCUAUUGCCGCCAGUGGAGCCUUAUAAAGAGCAUUUUAUACCGGUGACAUCAAUUCACACUCUCUACAUUUGCGAAUGUGGAAACCCAAAUGGGAAGCCGGUUGUUUUUCUCCAUGGUGGUCCAGGAGGAGGAGUAUCUAGUGACGAUAGAAGAUACUUUGAUCAGAGCGUGUAUCGCAUCAUUUUGUUUGAUCAGCGCGGAGCUGGCAAAUCAACUCCAGCUGCGGAAUUGGACGACAAUACUACAUUUGCACUCAUCGACGAUAUUGAACGUAUUCGAGUGCUUUGCAAUGUUGAUUCCUGGGUCGUCUUCGGUGGAUCUUGGGGCAGUACGUUGGCACUCACAUAUGCCAUAAAACACCCUACACGAGUCAAGGCACUCAUACUACGAGGAAUUUUUACAUUGAGAAGGAAAGAACUCUUAUGGUUUUAUCAAGAAGGGGCCAGUUACCUAUUUCCGGAUGCUUGGGAAGAAUAUCUAGAGCCUAUCCCAUUUGAAGAACGAGGUGACAUGAUUGCUGCCUAUUACAAGCGCUUAACUGGAAGUGACGAGAACGAGCAGCUGAAAUGCGCAAAGGCUUGGGCAGGGUGGGAAGUAAAAACGUCCAGACUGCAAGUUGAUCCUGAUCUUGUAAAGAAGGUGGAUUCGGACGUAUGGAGUCUUCAGUUCGCUCGUAUUGAAUGCAGCUAUUUUUUCCACGCUGGAUGGUUUGAAAGCGAUGAAUGGAUACUAGAAAACAUUGACCUCAUACGCCACAUUCCAGGCGUCAUAGUGCAAGGCCGUUAUGAUGUAGUAUGCCCAGCAUUCACCGCCUGGGAUUUGCACAAACAAUGGCCAGAAGCCGAGUUUCAUUUGAUACCUGAUGCGGGCCACAGUGCCAAAGAGCCUGGUAUACAGAAAAAACUGGUCGAAGCGGCUCAGAAAUUCAGUACACUGUGA